AAAUGAUAAUUAUUUUCAGAUAAAUUUCCUGUUUUCAAUAAUUUUCGGUUGGACGUAAGAUAUUGUUUUAAAGUGUGAUUGUUGAUGUCUUGAUGUAUUAGGUUAGCCCAGCUCAAACACGUUUUUCACUGCUUCUCUUAACGCAGUUCAAUUUAGCUGGUCCUACUAAACAGACCGUCUGAAGUUACCCUCCCAUUUCCUCACUAAAUAUGUGGAUAGAUUCGAGUCGAUUACUUCCAUCUGAAGUUUUUACUGAUAAUGUUAUCUAGAAAGACUGUUAAAGCUUCGCAGUUAAACCCCACUACUUAAAAGAUUCAACUCUGUCAAAGUCAAAAGUAAAUUCACUUAAUUUUAGUGCAAUAACUCUACAGAACAUCCUUAUCGUUUCACAGGAUUACAACUUUUCCAUUGUUUCUUAAUGUUGAUUCAUCGAAAAUUUAAUUUACCAACAUCAUUGUACAACAAUUAUCGCUUAUAUUUCAAAUAUAUUGUCUCAAAUCUACAUAAACAAGAUUUUCUAAAUAUUCAAUGCAGAUCUAGUCAUUCAGCUAAGGAAAAGGAUGCUCACUCAAUAGUAUCAUUGGAUAAGACAAAAUGUAAUGAGAAUAAAGCGAUAUGUAAAAAUGUUAAAUUAAUUGGAUGGGUUCAAUCUGUUAGAAAGCAUAAAUCUUGCGUAUUUUGCAAUAUAUCAGAUGGUUCUUCACCUUAUGAUUUGCAAGUUGUCACUUCGCCUAGUGAGAUUACUGAUAAGAUAACCGUUGGUUGCGCUUUGUCAGUUGAAGGUGACAUCUAUCAUAUUCCAAAUGUUUUAAAAACAUCUCAAUUGUCAAUUGAUAAACCUGCCGUUCAAUGUUGUGGAGAAUUACGUGCUAAGAUUGUUAAUAUUUUGGAUACUGAAAAUCAAGCUGGAGAAUUACAACUUGAAAAGUCAAUUAACAAUGUUUCUCUUCCUUUUAAUCACAGUGUUCCUACGAUAAAUCAAAUGAUAAGUUCACUCGGUCGGCAUAGUCCACGGCCUGAUUUAGGAGUUUUACGCUCAGUUGAAGCAUUAUCUAUGCGUCAUCGACUACCUGAGUUUGGUGCAAUGCUUAGAAUGCGUGCCCAUAUUAAGCGAAUAGUUAGAAAAGUGAUGAGUUCAUGUGACUACUUAGAGGUUGACACUCCGAUCCUCACUUCAACAGAUUGUGAAGGCACUGGUCAGAUGUUCCAAGUUCAAGCACCUGCGCUUAAUGAGACUAGAGAAUCCGAUAGUUCAAGUAUAUAUUUAACCGGUAGUGCUCAGAUGCAUUUGGAAUCUCUUGCUCUGGGUUUAAGUAAGGUUUAUACAUUGAAUCCAACAUUUCGAGCUGAGAAUUCAAGUACAAGACAUCAUCUUGCAGAAUUUUACAUGCUUGAAGCAGAGUCAAUUUACUUAGAUAAUAUUAAUACAUUAUGUAGAGAAAUUGAAAUGUUAAUUAAAAAGAUAUUAAAUGAAUGUUUAGAAAUUUAUCCUAUCUCAGGAUGUAAUGAACUCAAUGCAUUACAGAAUGAUUUAGUGUUGAUUCGAACAUUCCUUGGAAGUCAAUCUGAAUCUGAUGGCCAUUCCCAAAGUUUUCUAGUUGAUUCUGCUCUGGAGCUCAGAAAUGUUUUGGAAACAAUGCUGAAACAACCGUUUGUUUGCAUUUCAUAUUCUGAAGCCAUAGAGUACUUGAAUAAAGAAAUGGGUACAGCUGAUCUUACUAUUUCGAAACCUCGGGAUUUGAACAAAAAAGAGGAGUACAAAAUCCUAGAUUGGGUUGGCGGGAAUCGUCCUGUCUUCAUUACUCAUUUUCCCAUGGAACUUAAACCAUUUUACUGUCAGUCAAUUAAUGGUAUUGAAGCUGAGUGUGCUGAUUUGUUAUUUCCAGGGAUCGGCGAACUAGUUGGCGCCAGCGUCCGUGAGAAUGUUGCUUCUCGUUUACAAACACGCAUGAAAUCCAAUCAAUCGCAGUGGUACAUUAAUUUACGUGGUACUGGUAGUGCUCCCCAUGCUGGUUUUGGUCUUGGCUUCGAGCGUCUUAUGCAAUUUGUUUUGGGAAUAGCUAACAUUCGAGAUGCAAUAGCAUUCCCAAGAAAUGCCAAUAAAAUUAUUUUCUAAAAAAGUCUUUUACUUUAAAAGCUACAUAUUGAUGAAUGUUAGGUGUUAAAGUCGCUUCCAGUUCCAUAUUCAGUUAAACCAGACGGUUAUUAUUCGCUAUUGUCAGACAAAGUUCAAAUCAUUUUUCUAUGUAUAAUAAUAUUGUGCCUAAAUUUUGCUAGGUACUUCAACCGAAUGCAUCGAGCCGAUUAUUUAGUUCCAAAGAGGUAAGUAUAAUUUAACUCAUAUACGAGACAUUGUGGGAGUUUCGGUGCUGCAAUUCAUCAUAAGGAGAAAACACCGAUGUGUUUUUAAUCAGUUUGUCCCAAUCCUUAUGCUCUUAUUUAUUCAAAGCUACAAUAUUCAGAUGUUUUGACGUAGAAUGUCCGUUUAAUUUUAUAGGAUACUAUAUAAAAG